UAAUGUUCUGAAUAUACUAAAUGCACAAGAAUCAUUUUUAUGAUUGAUAGAUUUAAAAUGAUUAGAACUGAUUGAUAUUGUACUAAGUCCUUACGCAAUGUCCAUUGUACAAUAUACAUGCUCCUUUUUUCAAAUUUUAUAUUAUAUAAUUAAAAAUAACAACAAAAUUGUAACUUAUGCCUGUGCAUAAACCUGAAAAUAAUAAAUUAAAUUAGUACAAUAAUAUACAAUUUUGUAUCAAAUGGUAUUUCUCAAGGUCGCGCCAGGGUUUCUUCAAUUAAGACAAUUUUGGCCAGGGCUUCUUACCCGAAUUCACAAGUUUGCCAAUGUGUGUGAGAAAAUAUACCCAUUUUCUACAAAAAUUUGCCAAUUAGUAAAAAUGAAUGUUGACAAAAGUCAAAACAUGGCAAUCUUCUUCUUUUAGUAUCAAUGAUUAAAGUUUUCAUUUAUCCAAUUGUACAUCAUUCCUGACCAGGCAUUUAAACUUGCAGUGAACCCUGGAUUGUACCGAAAUAUAUUUAUUAUGUAUCAUUGUACUGUACUGUAAACUCUUAUGUUUAUAAACACUUGUUCUUCAGAUGUACAUGUGCAAAGCUUAGGUAAGAAAAAUGUUUCCACCUGCAUUCAUCCCUCGUUCCCGACCUUUGAGGCACUCCGAGGGAGUUGGGCCCCAGGAGUCGAAGUCUCUGGGUCGGGAUCAGCUAAAUCUGGAACGAUAUUUUAAAUCGGAGGAACAGAGAUAUGAGAACAUUCCUCCAAUUCAGGAAGGGAAGUAUUCUGCCAAGGUGUUUAAUGGCCUGGGUAGAAAUGAGUUUACUCUUCCACCUCCAGUACCUGCUGGCAACCACCUGCACCCUCCAAUAAGACCUAGCCAUAAGACUCAUCCCCAUCUCCAGGCUCAUGUUAUACAUUCUCUUCAGAUGUCUCAUCUUCAAACUGCUCGGAACCAUCUGAAUCCCUCAUACAACCUUCUAUCAGCUAAAGGAGGCAUUCAGACUUUGGAACCAGUAUCUUCAGGCUACAAAUCAGUUUCUCCAAGAGGAAGACAUUCUUCCCCCUCCUUCUCCUACCUCCCAUCCUCGCCAUCCAUCCCUUGUUUUCCUCCACCACCCUCUCCCUCCCUUUCUUUCUGUGUUCCUCCCCCCUCCCCUUCCUUAUCCUACUUCAGCAGUAGACCCUCCAAUAGGCCAAGGACCCUCAUAGAAAUACCCAGGCAAGAUUCAGAACCACAGGAAUCCAGACCAACUGGGGAGAAGGAUGAGACCUCAUCCAUGGGAGAAUGUGAUUAUAGACUUGAUUAUAUCAAUGAUAAUAAUCAAGCAUUCUUUGGGGAGGAUUAUUUAAACCUCAAGUCUGCUCAAUACAGUGAAAGUGUUUGUGAGAAUGCUAAUCUAAAACCAUCCUCUCGUCCUAUCACUUUCAGGAGAGUAAGUGUUGCUGAAUCCACUUUGGAUCCGAACUCCAGACCUUUCACUCCAUCAACCAGAGCAGUUACUUCUUCUCUUUCUAAAUCAGAACCAGAAUAUUCUGGUCUUGCGGAUCAUAAUUAUAAUCAGGACUCCUGCUCCAUUGCUUCUGAAGAGUAUAAUUUCCUAUCUGAUCUGGAUCCUUUGCCACAGGAUCCUAGUAGUCUGCUCCCUCUUAAUCUGGUUGAAGAGGAUGCAUACUCUGAGGAUGAGAAUAAUAACAACAACUGCUUACCAAACCUUAAUCUUGGAGCAGCUUCUUCUAGAUCAAACAGGACGGCGGAUAGGUUUCCGCCUCUUGUACCGGAUGCUGCUUGGAAGAUUGGUUGUCUCCGGUCUAAUUUGCUGCCCACACCGGUCAACUUUCCGCCGUUCGGUCAUAGCAAGCUGGAACCUGUAUCUAUCAAAUCAAUCUUUAGCGGAGUUGGUACUGAGAAACCAGUAGACAAUAAUUGUCGUCUUCUAGUUUCAGGAGUUGAGGAAGUGAUUAAGGAUAUUUACAAAAAUAGUUCCCACUAUCAGAUGUUCGGGCCAGCAAGAAGGAUUGGUAAUAAAGCAACCUCUAACCUAUCUGUUCCUGUAGCCCCUCCUCAAACCAUUAAUUUCUCACCAGGGGAUGUUUUUGCUCAGGAUCUAAGUGUACCUGAAGAAUAUCUGGUCUCAUCAGUUCUCCGCCAGAAGAUUAGAACUAUUAAUAUUCGUCAGGAGCACACUGAUCUUCUGUUCUUCCUUUUCUACAGUAGUCCAGGAGAUUGUAUUCAACUAGUCGCUGCUAGUCUUCUCUAUGAGAGGGGCUGGAGGUUUCAUAAACAGAACCGGAUAUGGUUAGCCAGAUGGCCUGGAGUAUCCCCUGACGAGCUGACCAGCCUGCACGAGGUUGGCCUGUAUCAAUAUUUCGAUAUUGUUUCAUGGAAGCGGAUUCCUGCAAGAUUCAGGCUUGAAUAUUGCCAUCUGGCGGAGAAAACUCUAGUUCCUGAAGAUCUGAAAACUCUUUACUCAAGGUAUGCCGGGGUGCUACAUAAUAUUCAGGAUUUGUGCACUCAGACCUUGGAUUUUAACAGGGAAACCACACAGAUCAAUGGACUUUUUCAAGAAAUUGACGGGAUCAAGUUUCUACAGUGUAUCUUGUAGAUCAUAUAUAGAUACAGUUUCUACAGUUUAUCUUGUAUGUCUCCUAUUAACAGUUUCUACAGUGUAUCUUGUAGAUCAUAUAGAUACAGUUUCUACAGUGUAUCUUGUAUGUCUCCUAUUUACAGUUUCUACAGUGUAUCUUGUAUGUCACCUAGAUACAGUUUCUACAGUGUAUCUUGUAGAUCAUAUAUAGAUACAGUUUCUACAGUUUAUUUUAUAUGUCUCCUAUUUACAGUUUCUACAGUGUAUCUUGUAUGUCACCUAGAUACAGUUUCUACAGUGUAUCUUGUAGAUCAUAUAGAUACAGUUUCUACAGUGUAUCUUGUAGAUCAUAUAGAUACAGUUUCUACAGUGUAUCUUGUAGAUCAUAUAGAUACAGUUUCUACAGUGUAUCUUGUAGAUCAUAAAGAUACAGUUUCUACAGUGUAUCUUGUAUGUAACCUAGAUACAGUUUCUACAGUGUAUCUUGUAGAUCAUAAAGAUACAGUUUCUACAGUGUAUCUUGUAUGUCACCUAGAUACAGGUUCUACAGUGUAUCUUAUAGAUCAUAAAGAUACAAAGUCUACAGGGUAUCUUGUAUGUCACCUAGAUACAGUUUCUACAGUAUCUUGUAUAUCUCCUAUCUAGUUUCUACAGUGCACGCAUCUGUUAUAUCGAAAACUUGGAUGCAUGUUGUGAUUUUAAUAAUUCAACUAAUAUACUCGCAAAAAUCAGAUAUAUUUUAUAUUUUCAUUUACGCUCUCAUUUGUUUUUCAUUAGUUUCCACACUCAUUUAUUACAAAAUGUGUUUACCAAGAGCAAUUUUCUUCAAAUAUAAUAAGCAAGUAAACGAAAAUUAAUUUUUAUCAAAACUUUAAAAUGUUACGGUUCAGGUUUGUCUUAUUUACCUUUGAAUUAAUAUCUUGGAAAUUUUUAAUUCAUGACGAAAACACUUUUUGAGGAAUAUAAUAUUUCCAUAUUCAGCCUAGCGGGCAUUUUUACAACCAACUUUUUACCAUAAUUAUUUAGUCAAAUAUAUUGUAAACCAUAUAUUAAAAAAUCUUGAAAUAAAAAUGUUUUAUCACA